AUGCCGAAAGGGAAGCAAUUAACAGACAUGGAAAAACGUCAAAUUCUCGUUCUCCACAACGAAUGUUUGUCUGUCCGAGAGAUCGCAGAGUCCAUCAACAGAUCGAAGACCGUCGUGCACAACUUUAUAAAGAAUCCGCAGGAAUAUAGAUCUAAAAAGAGGAGUGGAAGACCUCCUAAACUAAUGCCCGCUUUAAAGCGCAGGGUAAUAAGGGAGGUUUCUAAAGGAGAAAAGUCUGCCAAUCAGAUCUGCAAGGCACUCGAUUUACCGGUCCACCGGUCGCGCGUACAAGCCCUUUUGAGGAAAGAUACUAAUCUAAAUAUAAAGUACACCAAGUUUAUAAGUCCUCUAGUCCUCACUCCGAUGCAUAUGAAACAAAGGCUAGAUUGGCCUACAAAUCAUGUUACUUGGCAUGAUGAGAAAUAG